GGCACAUGUACUACUCCAACCGACUCUCUCACGCUCAACGCAUUUCUCAUGCUCUCUGUAAACCCUAUCGCAAGUAACUUGUAAAUUUUCACAGCCUCCCGCCUCUUUCCUCAUUUGUUUCAUUUCAAAUUUUCGUCAAGCAAGCCCCUUAUAUAAGCAAACGCAUAGCUCUCAUUCUCUCAUUCUCUCAUUUUCUCACUCUCUGAUUUUCAAUUUUCUCUGAGAACGCUGAAACAAUGGUUGUCGCACAGAAAGUGAAGGAAGCGGAGAUUACCGAGCAGGACUCGCUUCUUCUGACGAGGAACCUGCUUCGGAUUGCUAUAUUCAAUAUCAGUUACAUCAGAGGUCUCUUCCCGGAGAAGUAUUUCAAUGAUAAGUCUGUUCCAGCUUUAGAGAUGAAGAUAAAAAAACUAAUGCCAAUGGACGCAGAGUCUCGCAGACUUAUUGAUUGGAUGGAGAAAGGUGUAUACGAUGCAUUGCAGAAGAAGUACCUGAAAACGCUUUUGUUCUGCGUGUGCGAAACAAUUGAAGGGCCAAUGAUUGAGGAAUAUACGUUUUCUUUCAGUUAUUCAAAUUCUGAAAGUCAGGAGGUUUCGAUGAAUAUCAGUCGCUCUGGGAACAAGAAAGAGGGUGGAACAUUCAAGUGUAAGUCCACUGCAGAAAUUACUCCCAACCAGAUGAGGAGUUCUGCUUGUAAAAUGGUCCGCACACUGGUUCAACUGAUGAGAACUCUGGAUAGGAUGCCCGAAGAGCGGACCAUACUGAUGAAACUCCUGUACUAUGAUGAUGUGACGCCAGCAGAGUAUGAGCCUCCAUUCUUCAGAACCUGCUCAGAGGAAGAAGCUCGUAAUUCGUGGACCAAAAAUCCUUUGAAAAUGGAGGUUGGGAAUGUAAACAGUAAGCAUCUUGUAUUAGCUUUGAAGGUAAAGAGCGUCCUUGAUCCUUGUGAGGAUGAAAAUGAUGAUAUUCAAGAUGAUGAAGUGAGUUUAGGAGCUGAUUCCAUGCAAAGGGAUGAUUACUCUGAAUCUGACAGUGAGGUUAACCAGUCACAAGAGGAUCGAUAUAUAGUUGCUCCUGUAGGUGAUAAGCAACAACCACGGGAAGAUAGCAGCGCACCACAAGAAGAUAACAGCAUGGUUGAUGAAGAUGACACUCAGGAUUCAGUGGAAGAUGAACAACAAUCAUCCCGGAUAAAGGACUGGAUCAGUAGCUGCCACACUGACACUGUUGAACUUACUGAUGUUCUCUCGAAUUUUCCGGACAUUUCAGUGGUUCUGACUGAAGAAAUUAUGGACAAUCUUGUUAAGGAAGGUGUUCUAUCAAAAACUGGAGGGGACACUUAUACUAUUAACCGGCAGAAGAAGUCUGAUUAUGAGUUCACUCUGGUGAAAGAAGAAAUGGAUGGUCAAAUAAUCCCAAUUGCUGACAAGACACCAAAGGUUAAUGAUCCCAUGUACAUGAAGGCGCUGUAUCAUGCUCUUCCGAUGCAGUACGUGACAGUUGCGAAGCUUCAUAACAAGCUUGGAGGGGAAGCAAAUCAGACUACUGUCCGCAAGUUCAUUGAUAAAAUGACACGGGAAGGUUUUGUUGAAGCCAAAGGCAACCGAAGGCUAGGAAAGCGUGUGAUCCAUUCUGAUACUACCCAGAAAAAGCUGACUGAAGUCAAGAAAGCUCUGAAUAUUGAUGCAAUGGAUGUGGACAAUUUUGAACCAAAUAACAAGUCCAAACAUCUAGACCAUACUAUGGGAAGCAAUUACCGGGACACGUCCACCUGCGGUGCCCUCCAUUCCAUUGGAUCAGAUCUCACACGCAUGAGAAUAAGAUCUAACUGUCAUCAAAAUAGUCCCAUGAGGAGUGAGCAGACUACUUCAAAGACAAAGGACCAUGCAAACACUCCAACAAGCAGGGCUCAGCCUGUGACUUCAAGAGAGAGCUUUGUGCCAGGCAAUGAGAACGUCAGAGCAAAUGGCAACUCCGAUCACGGUGAUGAAGGGGAGAGAGUGAUACGCAGUAGCAGGUCCACCCAAGACAAGCGUUCCAGGAAAACAAGCACGGUCAAGGAACCUAUUCUCCAGUACACGAAGCGCCAGAAAUCCCAAGCCGUCUGAAAAUUUGCAGCAUUUGCUGUCUGCUGGACUGGAUUUUCCCAUACUUGUGGAAUUUUAAGGUGUUAAUUUUAAUGGGGACAACUGUUAGAAGUGUCUAAUGUGGCAUACUGGGGAAUGCUUUUG